AUGCCGGCGAUGUGCGGAGGCGACGGCGUCGACGUGCGGAGCCUGCGGCGGCCGCAGACAUCCAGGGGGGGGCUGGCCGUGCCCGUGAGGGCGGUGGCGCCGGGAGCUGGCACCGUCGCGGCGAGGCAGUCGGCGCCAGUGAGGGUGCCAGUGUGGCUGGGGAAGACCGCGGCGGCGCGGCGCACGGAGGACGGGCGCGGCGGAGACAGGAAGGCCGCGGACGAGUCCGACGGCGAGGAAGGGGAGGAGAUGAUGCCGCCGCACGUGGUGGCGGCGCGGCGCAACACGCGCUCGUCGUCGGUGGUGGAGGGCGCUGGGCGGACGCUCAAGGGCCGGGGAAGACCAUGGCGGCGCAGCGCACGGAAUUCACCACCUCUAAAUCUGAAUCUAAAUUUGGCAGUUUUCUGGAUGUUAAAUACCAUUGGAUGGGUUACUUUUUAUUGGCAUUGGAAACACAUCACAUUAUGGCAGGGCAACGUUUCACAAUUUAAUGAAUCCUCCACUUAUUUGAUGGGAUGGUUAAGAGAUUACCUAUGGUUAAACUCUUCACAACUUAUCAAUGGAUAUAAUCCUUUUGGGAUGAAUAGUUUAUCAGUAUGGGCUUGGAUGUUCUUAUUUGGACGUCUUGUUUGGGCUACUGGAUUUAUGUUCUUAAUUUCCUGGCGUGGAUAUUGGCAGGAAUUAAUUGAGACUUUAGCAUGGGCUCAUGAACGCACACCUUUGGCUACUUUAAUUCGCUGGAGAGAUAAGCCUGUGGCUCUUUCCAUUGUGCAAGCAAGAUUGGUUGGAUUAGCCCACUUUUCCGUGGGUUAUAUAUUCACUUAUGCAGCUUUCUUGAUUGCCUCAACAUCAGGCAAGUUUGGUUAAUUUAGUUAUUUUUUCUAUUUAUUUUUCCAUCUAGGAUUAGAACCAUAUACUUGGUAAUAAUAGGAACGGCACAUUAUGGCAAAAAAAAGUUUGAUUCAGAGGGAGAAGAAGCGGCAGAAAUUAGAAAAAAAAUAUCAUUUGAUUCGUGGAUCCUCAAAAAAGAGAUAAGAAGCAAAGUUUCCCCUUUGAGUUUGAGCGAAAAAACAAAAAUGCAAGAAAAAUUGCAAUCCCUACCACGUAAUAGUGCACCUACACACCUUCAUCGACGUUGUUUUUUAACCGGAAGACCUAGAGCUAACUAUCGAGACUUUGGACUAUCCGGACACAUACUUCGAGAAAUGGUUUAUGCAUGUUUGUUACCGGGUGCAACAAGAUCCAGUUGGUAAGGAUAAAAUACCCUUUCAUAUUUGUAUGGUUUUCUCGAAUUGAUGAUCGUAGAAGAGCCCUCUUUACCAUUCUGUAUAAAUGGACUAUUCUAUUUGUAUAGAUAUGGUAGAGGGGCGUA